AUAUGGCAUAUUUUUAUUUAUCACAUUAAUAUUUUAAUCAACACUCAUCAAUGUUUGCUCUCAGUCGAAAGUUGCUGCAUUUUGUAUCUUUAGUACAAAUAAGCAAUACAUCUAAGACGUGUAGUUAUCGAACAAGUAGUUAUAAUCUUAUAAGAUUUUCAGGUCCUAGAUUCAAAAUGUCCGAGGUUGAAAAAUCUGCAAUCGCUACACCUGGCGGUGAUACAAUUUUUGGUAAAAUUGUUAGGAAGGAAAUACCUUGCAAUUUCAUAUACGAAGACGAUCUUUGUGUUGCAUUUCAUGACAUCAAUUCUCAAGCACCUGUUCAUUUUUUGGUAAUACCGAAGAAACCAAUUGAAAUGUUAUCUGCCGCUGACAGCUCUGAUGAAACGUUACUUGGACACUUAAUGUUGGUUGCAAGCAAAGUAGCAAAAGAACAAGGAUUGAAUGACGGUUUUCGUUUGGUAGUUAAUAAUGGAAAGGAUGGGGCUCAAUCGGUUUAUCAUUUACAUUUGCAUGUCCUUGGUGGCCGCCAACUUGGAUGGCCUCCUGGCUAAUUAUUAUUAACACUAAUUUUAAUAUUUAUUUAAUUGUCAAUAUGUAUAUGCAAAUUAUAAAGUGGCUCAGUUAUAAUUAUGUUGUUGCAUUUUUAAAAAAUACAAUAUAAGAUAAAUAUUUACAACUAUGUCAAUAGCUUAAACAAUAUUUAUAUAUAGACUAUGAAAUUUAGUUUUCAUUGGCCUUUAAAUAAUUAGUUAUUUUAUGAUUUAUUAAUGUCAUUAACUCAGUAAAUAAAAUAACUAAAAACUGAUGUGAACUAAAAAAUAAUUGAGUAGAUUAGAAUUAACAGACUAAAGCAUUAAAACAACAACAUUAAUAGUGAUUAA